AUGAACAAAGCAGUUGAAGCUUCUGCUUCUGUGAAACUUCAAGAGGUUCACGAUUGUCUCAAAACUGAUCAUGAAGCUUUCCAAAUCUCUAUCUCUUCUAAAAUUACAAAGCUUCAGGAAGAGCUCGCAAUGGAGAGAAAAAUAAGUGACUCUCUUGCCAUCAAAAUUGAGAAGAUCAAAGUUUUGGAUGUCAAACUGAAAGCAUCUGAGAAAAAGGGACUCCAUGAUCAUAAUUACAGGGAGAAAACAUCUUGCUGUGAAAUUCACGACAGUCUUCGCUACGCUUCACAGGAAGGAGAGUGUUCUGAAGUCAGGAUUUAUUCCGAAACAAGCGGAGAAGGUGUAUCCAGGAAAGAUGAACCCAAAGCUCUAGCUAAACCCAUUGUCAAAAAGGAAUCUGAGCCUAAGGGUAAGGAAAAGGUUUUUGUUGAAGAGCCAAUUGUUGAUAACUGUGAUGAAGAAGAGUUAGAUGAAGAUGAGCUUAAAAGGCGAAAGGAUCAUGAAGCUGAACUGGAUGAGCACCAACGGAUCAUCCGAGAGGCUAAAGAAAAGCAGAAAGCUGAAAACGAAGCUUAA